ACACCAAUGUUUUCGUGAAGUAUGUAGUAACGUAUAUAAGAUAAGUGUCCGAAGCGUUACAGCUGCAGUAAGACAUCUGAAGCUGACCGACAGACCUUGUGGACGAAACAUUGAAUCACAAUGGACAAGUUCUAUGUAAUUGGAGUAUGCAUGCUUGCCGUCGGAUCAGUAUGUUUUCAAUUCACACAUAGCGCAACUACUUCAUUCGUCUCGGAAAACACUGAUAUGCAAACGGAGAGUCCAAACGACACAACCUCCGGACCUACCGGAACAGUACCAAUCAAUCCCGAAACCGAGGCUUCAACCAACGUAAACGUCACAGCAUCUGCCAGUACAUCAUCAACCGGUUCUGAAACCGAGGCUUCAUCCGGUAUGAACAUAGCACCCGAUAGUUCUAGAUCAGUAACAUCCGGUUCUGAAACCGAGGCUCCACCUGGUUCAAACACAACAUCCGUCAGAACCGAAACAAGUCCAACUGAUUCCGAAACAGAGGCUUUAUCUGGAAGGAACGCAACAUCCGUCAGAACCGAAACAAGUCCAACUGCUUCCGAAACAGAGGCUUUAUCUGGAAGGAACGCAACAUCCGUCAGAACCGAAACAAGUCCAACUGAUUUCGAAACAGAGGCUUUAUCUGGAAGGAACACAACAUCCGUCAGAACCGGAUCAGAAACAUCCGGUUUUGAUACUGAAACCUCGAAUGACGUUAACACAACAUCCGUUAGUAAAGGACCAGGAACAACUGGUUCUGAAACCGAGGCAUCAUCUGAUGUUAACGCAACAUAUGUCAGUACCGGAUCACUAACUUCGGUUCCCAAAGCUGAAACUUCAUCUGAGGUUAACGCAACAUCCGGUAAUACUGGAACAGUAACUGCCGGUUCCGAAACCGAGGCUUCAAUUGACAUAAAUACAACAUCUGUCAGUAUGGGAUCAGUUACUUUCGGUCCCGAGAGUGAGGCUGAGACGAACGUUAACACAACGUUUUUGGCUUCAGGGUCAUUUUUGAAUGGUUCCCAACCGACUACUGUGAAUGAUGUUAGUAACACAGAAACUACUGGAUCAGUAACACUUGGUUCCCAAGUGAAUAAGGCUGUACCUGAUAAUUAUACUUCCGGAAGUCCGGCUGAAUCAAUAAAUAGUUCACAAAGUAAUUCUUCCUCUGAUGUAAACACUACUUCCGGUGCUGCAGAUAACGUAAAUACAACCACAAGAGUUACUAAAUCUGUCAAAACUGACUUCAUUGACAAUGUCCUAUCCUGUCCACGAUUUCCGAGUCGACUGGUCAAGGACACACUUCUUGUCACUUAUGUAGAUGAUCGCUGUGCAAUGGAAGUGUCUGUGAAGACAGUUGUUGUGCGUCCCCUGACGAUACUACGGAUGUUUAUCAACAAAAGCAGAGUCAUCAAGAGGCCUAGUGUAAGCUUUAAGGCAAUAAAGAAGGAGCCGAGCGGUAAACCAGUCAUCUGUAAAUCUCUACCCACCAAGGUACUGGAUCGGGCCGUCGUGGUGGAGGUGGUCAAGGAUAAAUGUCAUAUGGUAUUGAAAGUUAAGAAGGUGACACCAGAAGUUGUUUCGUCACCAGUACAAGGACAGACGACGCACAAGAAGCCACCUACAAAACCAGUCCAUCCAAAAUCCAUAUACCUUCCCGUCCUUGAGUAUUUGGACGAUGGCCUACCGAUGGAUGUCCCGAACAUCAGAUAAUUUCUGGAGACGACUUUCUGCAAAACUUGUUUAUAUAUAAUAUGUACAAACCCUUUCCUGAAUAUAAACUAAUGUUGUGAAAUAUGUACAUAAGUAGAUAAGCUAUAUGUAAGUUAACAUUAAUAAUCAUUAUUUAAACUCAAUCGGGACAAGACUUUAUCAGGGUUGGAAUGAGCUUCACCUCAGUACCACAUAUAUAUACAGGGAGGCUUCAAAUGUGAAGGUUACAUUGAGGCGAGGACACUUCCUGACGAAAGUUUAAGUCUGAGAGCUCGGCACUAGAGUGACUGUAAAAAUUUGUAAACGUUUUAUGUAGAAAAAUUGUUUAUCAACAAUUACUUAUGAUAUUUAAAUGGUAUUGGUAAUAAAAAAUAUAUAUAUAUAAAAAUG